AUGGGGAAUAGAGGAAUCGUAGAGAAGCUAAAUUAUUACUUUGUGUCUGUUUUUGCUAAGGAAGGUACAAGAAAUGUCCCAGAACUAGACAUCCAAAUGGCUAGGAAGAAUAAGGAGUUUCAGAAAACUAGCAUCAGUAAGAAGAUUGUGCUGGAAAAAUUAACUGGGCUGAAACAUGAUACAUACCUAGAACCUGAUGAUUUUGAGAGUGUUGAAGGUGAUUCUUACUGUGAACCUGUACCACUUGAUGGUCCACCUUCCUUCCGUGGUCAGUCAGUGAAAUAUGUUUAUAAAUUGACAGUAGGCUGUCAAAGGGUCAAUUCUGCAAUCAAACUUCUGCGGGUUCCUUUUCGGGUUUUUGUUGUUUAUGGGUUGGAAGAUUACCAGUUUCCUCCAGAUGAUGCUGUAGCUCCCACAAAUCCAUUUUUGGAUGAAGAUGAGAAUGUUAAAAAAGACACUAGAUUAGUAGAUCUGGCAACAGAAAUGCUGAUGACCAGCACAUCCCGCCGUAGUCUUCAUUUGUAUAACAUUACUAAUAUGCGAGGGAAGGUUGGAAAAUUUUGCAUCUUCAAAACCAUCUAUAAAAUUGGAGAGGAUGUAGUGGGCACAUUUGAUUUCUCUGAAGGCGAUAUUCCAUGUUUGCAGUUUUCAGUGUCUUUACAAACUGAAGAGCAUGUCCAGGAAGAAUACCAGAGAAAACCAGGGCAGCCUGUUUCCCUUAGCACACAUGCUCGACACCAGGAGUCAUGUUUGCAUACAGCUAAGACUCACUUCAGUUUACCUAUUCCACUUAGUGCCACGCCCAGCUUUAUGACCACUGUAGUAUCCUUAAAGUGGCGUUUGCAUUUUGAGUUUGUCACAGCUCGCGAACCAGUGGAACCGCCUACUGUACUUGAGAAUCAAUCAGAAAUAAUUACUUGGACUGGGACAGGGAAGAUCGAUGUGGAUACGUUCAGCUGGGAUCUGCCCAUGAAGGUGCUUCCAACCAAUCCUGUACUUGCAUCCUAUGUCUCUCAGUUUGCAUCUUCGAACUCCAUCAGUAUUUGAACUAUGUUAAUUUCACUUCAGCUGUGGAACGGUUCUUUGAAAAACGUUCAACCACUGAACUUAAAAAGUUUAAAUUUUAAUAACAGCAAUGAUACAACAGUAACAAAUGAAAAAUUAAGAACGAACAUUGACAUUGAUGCUCCAAGUACAUCAGUUUUUGUAGUGCUAAUCGGGGUUACUGGAAGAUAAUCACAAAGUGAGACAUCAGAAUAUUGUUGUUCAGAAGUGAGCAGUAUUAUUUUACGGAAAUAGCAUUUGAAGAGCAGGAUUUAUGGUGACUAAAGUUUCUUCUAUUCACUACAUUGAAAGAGGUCAGCAGAGAAAAACAAAUGCACUUUCAUAUUUUCUUCUAUUUUUUUUAAAAACUGUCAAUUUCAAAAAAGUACUUGAAUUGAAAACUGCUUGAUCUGAAGAUUCUUUUGUGAGUAUUUUGCAUGUACCUGUGAUUUUAUGGCUUUUGAAUUAUAACGGGUAAACUAAUAAUGGCUAGCAAGAAAAGUCAUUGACAUGGAUUUUCUAAUUAGUGAUGGAUUUUAAUGUAACUUGUUUGAAACCCAUGGAGCAAGGGUACUGGAACUUAACUAUUUAUUCUCGUUUACAGGUGUAUAGCUUUCAAUUCAUACUUAAGAUUGAUAGUGUGCUGUUCUUGAGAAUUCCACAUUUUAUAUUCAAAGUACACUUAUAUUCAUUGAAUUAUGACACCAGUAAAUAAAUCUUGUUAAUUAAUAUGCCAUUACCAGUUAGUAUCCACAAUGCUUCCAAUACAUUUUACUUACUAUUGUUUAAAUGCUUUGCACAAGCCAUUGUUGAAUUUGGAGGUGGCACCAGGAGAAAUGAUGGACACUGGCAGGUGAAUCCCUUGCCUCUGCUGACAAACCUUUUGUUACUAGAUCUUGAUUGUUUUUCUUUUAUUUUUUAAAGAAAAUGUUCAUCAAAUUAUAUAUUUCUCAACUUCUUUCAUGAAUAAUUUCCAAGAGAAAUAAACUGACAAAUUCUGAGAAA